GAAGCGAGCAACUGUGUCAUGUCAUAACACCAUGUGGCGUAAAUUCGGGCAGCACCAUGAUAACAAUACCUGCGUUGCGAGCAGUUUCACGGGGAAAUCUGCGGUGGGGCGCCAACUCGACUCGUAUAAGUUCGUCAAAGGUUGGUCGGUGUGUGGGAUGAUGAAGAUCGUGGCCUGGGAGCUUCCUGUACACUACCAGAAAUUCUCGCAAUGCAAUAACGAUCUCAGCUCCGAGAACGCGCUUCGUUGUUCAACCGCGAAGCAGUGA